AUGCCAGACCUGGAUCCGCGCCUUGGCGAAGUAGUCAAUGACUUUGAAGCUGGACAAGCUGAGCCAGCCGAGGCAGACACCACCAUGCCAGACCUGGAUCCCUUCCUUGAUGAAGUAAUCAACAACUUCGAAGCUGGACAAGCUGGACAAGCUGAGCCAGAUGAGCCAGAUGAGCCAGAUGAGCCAGAUGAGCCAGAUGAGGCAAAGCCCGAGACACGAGCGCUUGUCCGCCAGCCCUUAGCCAGCCCUGGGCCACCUUCUAGUGCGACUCUAGCAGUUGCCAGUGUUGUUGAGCAGUCUCAACCGAGCCACACAGAUACUCGACCGCUUCCAUCCCAACUUACCCCAACAGGCAGCCACCAAAAUGCGAAUAUGAGCGGUCACUCCGUCGUGCCCAGUCUUGGAAUGUUUAGUUCGACUACCCCACAGGCGGAGGCAAUUAUCAAAGACACUGGAGAUCUUCAUGAUGGUCUUCCUCAAGUCACCGCUGAAGAAAUGCAAAACUUUCGCCAUCAGUAUAGGCCAGUGCCAGCGCCGGUGUGGCAAGGAGAUUCGCAGUUACGGGACGACAUGGUGAGGCCUGACACGCUCCCGACUACGUCGGUAGUCCCGGAGGGACUCGCGCAAGCUCGCAAGCUCGCCAGACGUGCCAUACAGGAUUCAGACACCCGAUCCGACAACCCCACCGACCCUGCUCAACUUCUCAUGACAACUCAGCCAGACGAUGAGGGAAACGUCCCCGAGGAUCUACUCGGAGGAUUCGUGGAAUUCUUCAAACACAGAAGAGAGCAAGAAGCGCUCCGUUUCGUGCGACAAGCGGAAGCCAUGGCAAUUGAGGAGCCCCCGAAUUCACGGCAGUCGCAGCAUAGGCAGAGUGGCGCGGACACGCGAGAGAGGGUUGUCAGUCUGGAUGAUGUGUUCAAUCCAGGCGACAAUGAUGCUCGGAAUCAUGCUAUUGCCUUCGGCAACCUGCGCAGUGGAGACGUUGUGAUUGACGAUGAUCCGGCAGCUUUCGGUAUUUCAGAGAUCCGGAACUUGAGGAAUCAAGUAUUGUUCCGGCAGCGGAGGUUCCCAGACGAUGGCAAAAGCAAUGCCCCGGCACCGGCAAUUGACAUUCACAUUGACGAUCAUCUGGUGGGCGCUGCAGAUGCCUCUGCCCCCGUGGAGAAUUUCAGACGGUUGACGGAGUCGGUUGAAAGCGAGUCGGUUGAAAGCCCAAAGAGCAGUGCUAAGAGGUGA